AUGCAUAUCAAAGAGAAGCUUUCUCAGAAUGAGGCUGCUGGGAGACCAGGAAUCUCAUUCGAGUUCUUCCCACCCAAAACAGCCCAGGGUGUCCAGAACCUUUACGACAGAAUGGAUCGCAUGCACUCCCUAGGUCCCUCUUUCAUCGAUAUCACCUGGGGAGCUGGCGGCCGCCUGUCCGAUUUGACCUGCGAAAUGGUCAAUGUUGCCCAGUCGGUGUAUGGCUUGGAAACUUGUAUGCACCUGACAUGUACCGAUAUGCCCGUCGAGAAGGUGGAUGCUGCGCUCCAGGCCGCUUACAAGGCUGGCUGCACCAAUAUCCUGGCUCUGCGUGGAGAUCCCCCUCGUGAAAAGGAAAAUUGGGAAGCCACCGACGGCGGAUUCCGCUAUGCGAAGGACCUGGUGAGGCACAUUAGGGAGAAAUACGGCAACCACUUUGAUAUCGGCGUCGGAGGUUACCCCGAGGGUGCGGAUGACAACCCGGACGUUGAUCUCUUGAUUGAUCACCUCAAAGAGAAAGUUGAUGCAGGAGCCUCUUUCGUGAUCACUCAGAUGUUCUACGACACGGACAACUUCAUUGACUGGGUAAAGAAAUGUCGGAACAAGGGCGUUGCGGUGCCCAUUAUCCCGGGUAUUAUGCCCAUCCAGACGUAUGCUGCAUUCAUCAGACGAUCGGAGUGGACGAAAACGCGGAUUCCGCCUGAUUGGCUGGAGGCCCUGGAGCCUGUGAAGAACGACGAUGCCGCUGUGAGGAACAUCGGUAAGCGCCUGGUCGCGGACAUGUGUAGAAGGCUCCUCGAGAGCGGUCUCAACCACCUGCACUUUUACACAAUGAACCUUGCUCAGUCAACACAAUUGGUUCUCGAAGAUCUCAACCUUCUACCGUCCGAGGAGACACCUCUUCAGAGAGCCCUGCCUUGGCGGCCGUCGCUUGGUCUCAAUCGCAGAGGAGAAGAUGUUCGUCCCAUCUUCUGGCGGAACCGCAAUUCUUCCUAUAUCGCUCGCACGCAGACUUGGGAUGAAUUCCCUAACGGACGCUGGACUGAUUCCCGGUCGCCUGCCUUCGGCGAGCUUGACAGUUAUGGCAUUGGUCUCAAGGGUACAAACGAGCAAAACAUCAAGCUGUGGGGACAGCCUAAGUCUAUCAGGGACAUUACCCAUAUCUUUGUCGACUUCCUGGAAGGCAAGUUGGCGCGACUGCCUUGGAGCGACAGCCCGAUUACCACCGAAGCCAACGCUAUUAAAGAUGACCUUAUCGAGCUAAACAAGAAGGGUAUCUUCACCAUCAACUCUCAGCCGGCCGUGAAUGGUGUGAAAUCCUCCCACCCGGUAUAUGGAUGGGGUCCCAAGAACGGUUAUGUCUAUCAGAAGGCAUACCUGGAACUCCUGAUUCCUUCCUAUCUACUUGAUGACCUGAUUGCCCGCAUCGAGAAGAACGGUUACCUCACAUACCACGCUGUCUCUAAGAAUGGGAACCUGCGGACCAACACCAAUGACAGCCCCAAUGCUUUAACCUGGGGUAUCUUCGCGGGACGAGAGAUUGUCCAGCCUACCAUUGUCGAGACGGUCAGUUUCUUGGCCUGGAAGGAUGAGGCAUACCGUCUUGGUGAAGAUUGGGCCAAAUGCCACGAUGCCUCCAGCCCCAGCAGAAAGUUGAUUCAGAGCGUUGUGGAUGACUGGUGUCUUGUUAACAUCGUGAACAAUGAUUUCCACAACACCAGCAGCCUCUUCGACCUAUUCAAGGAUUUGAAUGUGAAGGAUCUCGACACCGAGAUUGCGGUCGAGGACGGUGAAACCAAGGUUCAUCAAAACGGCGUCACGAAUGGAGUCGAAGCCACCAACGGC